UCUGUUAUGGCUCGCACAAAGCAGACCGCUCGCAAGUCCACCGGCGGCAAGGCCCCGCGCAAGCAGCUGGCCACCAAGGCCGCCCGCAAGAGCGCCCCGGCCACCGGCGGCGUGAAGAAGCCCCACCGCUACCGGCCCGGCACCGUGGCGCUACGCGAGAUCCGGCGCUACCAGAAGUCGACCGAGCUGCUGAUCCGCAAGCUGCCGUUCCAGCGUCUGGUGCGCGAGAUCGCUCAGGACUUCAAGACCGACCUGCGCUUCCAGAGCUCGGCCGUCAUGGCGCUGCAGGAGGCCUGCGAGGCCUACCUGGUGGGUCUGUUUGAGGACACCAACCUGUGCGCUAUUCACGCCAAGCGCGUCACCAUCAUGCCCAAGGACAUCCAGCUGGCCCGCCGCAUCCGCGGGGAGAGGGCAUAAUUGUUAACGUCUUAAUCUCAACCAAAGGCUCUU